CUCUCAGCCAAUCAGAUGGCCCGAACAAAGCAAGAAAACAUAGCCUUGAUCGAGGCUUACUAUUUCUUUCACUUACGAGUGAAAAUGCCGCCGGUUCGAGAUCAAAAGAAAAUCCGGCCGUCCACAGCCUCCGGAGUCUUACAGAGUCAUGAUAUUUCCGCAAUUCUGGAUGAUAUUCGACCUGUCACAGCUCCGGAUAAAAACAUUUUAGGACUCGAUCCGACUUUCAUAACAUCCAGACACCAUGUCCCUGGAACGUUCAACACAUCGCAGUUCAGGGGAAGACAAGUCCAUGGAGGAAUCCCAGAAAAUGACUUCAAAUUUACACAGGCUAGGAGAGCAACUAUAGGCGGAUUUGAAGAGUUUGAGCAACAUGAAAAACCUAAGCGGCCGUCCACGGCUGUUGGCGCUUCAAGGCAAAUUAAGUUGGAAGAUCGCAUUACCUUGGAUCACCUUAACCGCAUGCGACAAGCAUUUGAGGAGGCAGAUACAGAUGGCAGUGGGACACUUGAUCUAGAUGAGUUCAAAGAUGUUAUCCAGGCUCUGUUUGGAUUCAAAUUUAAGAAUGAUGAUCAGAUGACAGCCCUGUUUAUGAAAAUUGAUUCUUCAUCUGAUGGAGAAAUAAACUGGGAUGAGUUCUGUACAUUUAUGCAACUUGAAUAUGCAGAGAAGGAGGAAUCAUACUUUAGGUCAAAAGAGACAUCAUUCCAGCUACCAGCACUCACUGAGAACUCUUCACAGAGGGAGCAAGUUAUAAGAGUUUGCCAUACAUCGGACAAUAAUUUUUUAGUUGUUAGCCAGGAUGGGCUAGUUUCAUUUUGGUCACAGAAUUUAGAGUUUAAAAGAAUGAAGCAUAUUGAAAGUUCGUCCAAGAAAACAAAAUGGAUUACAGAUUAUGUUCUAAUGCCACAUUUCAACAAAUUCAUCAUUUCUACUGGAGACCGUGAGAUCCAGUUCUUUGAACUGUCUACAUUUGAGCCUUAUUGUCAGAUUAGCGGCCUAGAAACCACACCUCUUCGUGUGGACUAUUGCUCACCAAGUACAGAUGAGUGUAUUAUCAUUUAUGGAGAUAGUCAGGGAUGUGUUAAUAUAUUUAUAAUGCAUUCAACGGGAGAAACACUGAGGAACUGGAAGAAAAUGCCGAAGGUUGAAGGCAUUGCCAGUGUAAAUAUAGAUAGUGUUGUCAAUUCAGAGAAUACCAAGUUUAUCAGAUGGAAAGUGCACAAUGACUGGGUAGCCCAGCUGAAGUACUACGACUCUCUCAGAGCCGUCAUCUCAUGCUCGAAUCACCAGGAAACAGCCCUUGUGAUAGGGCAAACAACGGGCAGCACCCAUAUCGAAGCCCAAUUACGUGAGAACACCACGUCCCAAGGUGAACGCAAGAAAGCCGUUGCUGCUGUAGUCCGUGACAACCAGCCUCGGCGACGGCUCGACAGUGACCAGACCGUGUUCAGGGUGUACAAGGGUGUAAAGACUUUCGACUUUUGUAAAGAGAAGAAUCUCAUUGUGACCGGAGGUAUGGAUAGACUGGUUCGUAUGUGGAAUCCGUAUGUCCCAAGUAAGCCGACAGGUAUCCUUAGAGGCCAUACCGCUCCAAUCUUCCAUUUGUUCAUCGUGGCAGAAGACGACAGAAUAUUUAGUAUAUCCACCGACAAGACGGUUAAGGUAUGGGAUUUACACGACCAGAGUUGUCUGCUGACCGUCAGGCCGAAGGCGCACAAGAUUCGUGGCGACGUCUCAGCGAUUCACUACAACCCUUCGUCACGAGGGCUUGCGGUGGCCACGUCUGACCAAGUGGCACUUCUUCCGCUCAAGACAAAGCCCUCGGCACGUGACAUGACCACCACGCACAAGGAGGCAGUCACAUGUCUCAAGUACAACAAGAGCUUCAAACACGUGGUCACGGCAUCAGAGGGAUCGGUUUGUCGUGUAUGGGACGUCGAGACAGGGCAUGCAGUAUUCGAAUUCAACCAGCUACAUGGGGACACGGCUAUCACGUGCAUGGCGUUCGACUCUACAGAGAGAAGAUUAAUCUCAGGAGGUCGAGACGGUCGGUUACGGAUUUGGAAUUACAACAAUGGGCACUGCAUACGAACACUGGAAAAAGAGAAAGACAUCGAUGAAGUUACAGACUUGACGUAUAUUGUCAUGCAUAAGAAUAGAUAUAUCAUCUCCGUGGGAUGGGACAGACGGAUCAAUGUGUUCUCGGACGAUACAGAUGAUUUCCAUCAUGUGCAACGGCCGUAUAUUGAUUGGUCUGAUGAUCUGUUGAAUGGACACAAGGAAGACAUUCUGUCGGUUGCUGUGUGUCCGCCUAAUCUGCUUGCAACUUCUAGCUAUGACGGAGAGAUCAUCAUCUGGAACAGAGUAUCUGGCCACAUCUUCUGUCACAUCCACUCACCCCUUCGUCACAAGGGCAAAGACGGAGAUAUGCUUGCCGCACGACCUCCAAAGGAUAGGAACCCACGCGAAGACAAACUGAAACUGGAUGGAGGUAACGCUAUCGACAAACUGGUCUUUCUGCCCAAGAGAGCCUCAAACAAAGAGUCCGCAACACUAGUGGCAAGCGGACCUCAGGGUUAUGUGCACUUUUGGAACGUUUACAAUGGAGGCCAAUUGUAUGCAGCCUUUAGAGCGUCGCAGUACAGCGUGUCAUGCAUGGCGACCGAUAGUGACAACAAGCGACUCGUGACAACCGACUCCGCAGGUUUCCUGUACGUUUGGGACGUGGAAGACUACUGUUUGGAAGGAAAGGUUAACCAUCCACCAGACCGGGUACAUGCGUGGAGAUGUCAUAUACAAAGUAUUACCGGGAUCGAGCUCAUCGAGGCCUAUGACGUUAUUUUGACGUCAUCGAUAGAUUGUACCGUGAGGGCUUGGACAUGGCAAGGUCAUUUUAUUGGGACGUUUGGUCAGCCCAAGAUGUGGGAUAUAACUGAACCAGCCACAUACCAACACCCAAUGGCGCCGUAUGAUGUACUUGUGGACCCCCAGACUCUCCCGGAGAUGCCUGCUAAGAUGGCCACGAGGCCACCCACCCGACAGGACGGUCAGCAAGGCACCGGUAACACCGACAAGGAAGAUCAGGAAUCCACCACUAUACCAGAAAGACCUGUUUACAAACCGCAGAAAAAUCUCUUAAUUGUGGACGACGCUGAAAUCGCUGAUGAACUGAAGAAGAAAACUGUAACAACAGGAAUGGGAAAGAGGUUACGUCACGAGAAGCUACGCAGGCGCCCUCGCGAGGCUUCCGGGCCGAGUCACUAUCAAACACUCAAAUGCUUCGACCUUGAAGACACACCCUCCCUACCUCCCCCUCCCUCGUCAACUAUAGACGACCCCCUGGACUUUCGGUUUUGAAGUGUGACGUAAGGGUAUCAUCAGAGGAGUGCCGCGUUAUGAGAGUGGAUAUAACUAUUGCAGUGACAAUACGGUCGAAUGAUGAUAACAAAGCAAUGAGUAUAUAACAAUAACAAAUAUAACAAAGCAAGAGUUGUAAAUAGUUAUAGAUUUAAUAAGGGCUGAAAAACCUUAAUCUUAUACUCUCUAAAGUAGAGUCAAAUUUUCUAUUGUUUCGUAUUAUCAAUUUUCGUGAUGCAUUCUUGCAAAUGUGUAUAUAGAGAAUAUGUAAAUAGACAAAUGGUUGAACUAAUACAACCCCAAAGUACUUGUUGGAGAUAUGCGUGGAUACUGAUCGCCAUAAAAUAAAGGUUUUUUUACUCUUCUAA